CACGAAACCUGAAAUAGAAACAUUACCCGGGGGUCCUCCCACCGUUUCAUCCUGGCUUGAUCGUCUCAUCUACCGGGGUCGGCUCGGUCAAAACCAUGGAGAAACCCUCUGACCAUGGCGAAAACCAAGCUGGUCCCAGCAGGCAGCAGAGUGACCCAGCUACCCCUGUGCCAUUAGCCAUCAGAUCUUCCGCAGCUUUUCUGCACCAUCUUCACACCGAUCCAUCCUCUCACCAUAUCACUCUUUCGGGGUCCAGCACAGGACGAGAUGGAGCUCCCGGCGCUAGCCCUUCAAAACCAGCCUCUGCUGCUCCGGCCGACACUGGACCGAGUGGAGCAGGACAACAGCCUGCAGACCAGUCAACACGGAAGAGUCCUCUACGUAGCUCAACGAUGGCAGGAGACAACGUAGGAGGACCGUCUCGAGGCCUGAAGCGAAUUCCAUCUCGGCGUCGACGACCUCUCACUUCUGCUUCAGAUUCCGAAGUCUCAGGAGCUCCACCUCACGGUGCAUCCUCUCGUCAUUUCUCAGAGGACGUGGAUUACGAUGAUGGAAUAUCGUUGGAUGAUCCAAGUUAUGUGCCUGACGAUCAAUUACCGCAGUUGGCGGCGGAAGAAGAAUGCCCGACCCUUACGGAGACUCCUCAAGGGAUGCCAGAGAUGCAAGAAUCUGAUGCGCCGAGACAGCAGACAGGCGCGAUCUCCGCAGAGGACGACUCUUGUCUCGCAGUUUUUUUGCGCGAAGACGUUUCUUCAGCGUCAAACAUGAUGGGUAUGCUGUCUCUAGGCUCUGCACGACCAGCAGAUGCAACAUCGGACGGGGCUUCAGCAAUGGAAUCUGCGCCCGUGGAUAUACAUGAUGGAUCUUCCGGAAGAUCCAGACGAGGGUCGACGAUAUCGUCUGGGUCUGGGGGCUCCCAAAUCAUCGGACGUUCCGGAUCUCUAGCUCAUUCUGUUGCGUCGACAUCUGCUCUUCCAAGCUUUAGUGUAUCCCCUUCCUCUGGGGAGCGACUGAGCUGGUCGACGUUCGCCCGAUCAUACGCUCAUGGUCUCUUCGAUCCCAACCGGAUACCGAAUCCUCCGAAUGCUCUACUGGAGGCGGUUCGGAGCACCGGCUCAUCCCAAUCAUCUCCAUCUCGAUCGGCCAGACUCCUUGUACGUGGGGACUCGCCAUCAGGAUCGACGAGUGAAUCAUCACAGAAAGCCACCCUCUCCCCUACCGCAACCACAAUCGACACUACACCGUCAUCUGGUGGAUCGCAACAAUCCGGAUCCAUGUCCACUUCAGAGAAACGCAACAUCUCUGGCGUGCUUGAUGCGAACAAAAAAGCCUUCGAAUUUGAACACUUGCCGCCUCACAAGCAGGAAGAGACAGCCCGCGCUCCACGGCCAGAUAAGCUUGAUUUACCUUCUUACAACUUUGCAGCUGCCACAGUCCGCUUGGCCUCGUCGCACCUGCGUGAAUCCGACCUGGCUCCUCUGGGCGUCCCUAGCCCCGAGCGAGAGCUCACAGAUCCCAUGGCGUCUGUCGUGUCUCCGGAUCCGGCUGCUCCUCGCUCCAGUGCAAGUUCGGACCCUGGGACAUCUAGGUCUGGACUAAUCCGAAGCGUGUCCACAACAUAUCCCACCACGAAUGACCGAGCAACGUUGCUUCCUACCAUCGCUGCGAGCCCUGUUAGUACGCCAAACGAAGGACCAAGCCGAGCGAAAGGCAAGGCACCAGAGAACUCCCUGCGCGAUCAUCAAGGACCACCUCAUCGAGGGGUCUUCGUGCCUGCGCAUCGGAUACCAGCAGCUUCGGUUCCCCUGGAGAGGAGCGUCGAGGUCGCCGGUGCAACGGACUAUUUCGGUCUGGUGGACUCUCCGCCAAACUACGAUAGGCAUCACAGCUACGUGUCACAGAGUUCAUCCUCAAAGACUGGUACGACGGUGACCGCAACGCCUACAACCCAGGCCAAGGCGAAAAGUGCCGAGACGACCUCAGCCUCGUUACCUGGUUCGCCUCUGGCGCCGACCGCACCUGCCAUUCCUUUGGUCCCCCAGCCAUCACAAGUCGGGCCACUCUUUGAACAGCUCGGAUGGUUACCGGCGCCUUUGCCUCCCCAUGAAGCUGCCCGGAGGAAAGCUCUGUAUCGUUACAACAUCUUGCACACCGCUGCCGACGUCAACUUCGACCGGAUCGCCCACAUGACUAAACUGGUUUUCUCUGCGAAGAUCGUACUCAUCGCCUUGAUCGACGCGGAAGAGCAAUCUCACAAGGCAGAGUCUGGUCUUGGCAUCCAGACUACAGGACGACUGCAGUCUCUGUGCAGUCAUGCCAUUUUGUCAAAAUCUGGCGAACCAUUCGUCCUUCUGGACGCGCUCAAAGACUGGAGAUUUGCCAAUAACCCUCAGGUUAUCGGUCCCCCGCACGUCCGUUUCUACGCGGGAGCGCCGCUCCAAACACCGGAUGGUUACAACAUUGGCAGUCUGUGUAUUAUCGAUGAUAAGCCACGCCCAGAGUUCACGCCUCGAUCGAGAUUGAUCCUAAAGGAAUUUGCGUCCGUUGUCAUGCGGGAGAUGGAGCUAUGGAGAGACAAGCUUCAACUUCGCCUCCGGGACAGGAUUCAAGUCUCGAUGGAGAAAUUCACUCGAGAAUGCCUUGAAAUGGACGGCUCUGCAUCAAAGCCGAAUAACGAGGUCAACACGAAGAUGGAUCAUGUGUAUAAUCGAGCCACACAGCUCGUUUGCUCAACUCUUGACAUGGAGGGCGCUUUCAUCCUGGACAUUAGUCAAUUUGAGAUGAUGGAAUUUACUUUACCGACUGGCAAAACGACAAUCUAUCGUGCGGAUCCCUUCAUUUCGGCUGAUGGUCAAUCGCCGGUCUUCGAGAGGAGUGAAGCUUUUGGCAGUGUCAAUGCUUUACCCGUCUUCGCUUCGACGACCGAUAAACAGGUUCCAAAGGCACUCAAUCCUGACGAACACGAGAGGUUGUCAGAAUUCCUCCGAGAUCACAAGGAUGGCCGGAUUUAUGAGAAUAUUGCUCCUGCUUGGAUCCGAUACAUGUUCCCCCAAGAUCUGCGCUUCGGAUUGCUAGUCCCCAUCUUCGGAGUGGACAAUCAGCCUUUUGCUCUGCUGGGAACCUAUACUUGCAAGCAGACGUGUCAGUCCCUUGAGGGCUACGAACUGCAAUUCCUUCGAGCGAUCGGUGUCAUAAUCCUAUCUGCGGUUCUGAGGCGCCGAAUGGUUAUGGCGGACAAGGCCAAAAGCAUCCUCAUCUCGUCAGUCUCCCACGAGCUGCGUACCCCGCUGCACGGAAUCCUUGCCGCGGCCGAGCUACUUAGCGAUACAACCCUGGAUGCGAACCAAAUGUCCUUCCUCAAGACCGUGCAGACUUGCGGCAACUCGUUAAUCGAGACUGUCAACCACGUCCUAGACUUUACCAAGCUCAGCGGCUCGUCUCAAGGCUCAUCUGGUGCCAUCAAGCUCUCCCGAGUCAAUCUUGCGACUCUGGUAGAGCAAACAGUUGAAGGCUGUUGGAUUGGCCAGCGGGCCAAGCAAUUCCAUGGUGACUCUGAGAUCGGCAGCUUUUACGCGCCAGACGCUCCGCAUGGCCUGAUUCCUCGAGCGCAGCGAGCUUCAGUAUCUAGUCGACUUGCUCAUGUGGAGACCGUCAUUGACAUCGCUAGUCGGGAAAGGGGAUGGGUCGUGCGAUGCGAGAAGGGCGGUCUACGUCGUGUCAUCAUGAACUUGGUUGGAAACUCGCUCAAGUUCACUUCUGACGGUUACGUUCAAGUGACGCUCCGAGAAAUGCCGCAUGAACCUGGGGCUCGGAAAAUCCCAGUCGAGAUCGCCGUUAUUGAUACUGGCAAGGGUAUCGGAAAGGAGUUCCUCAAGGAUCAACUGUUUCACCCAUUCUCACAGGAGAAUCCCCUUCAGACAGGAACAGGUCUUGGAUUGGCUAUUGUCAACAGCAUUGUCCGAUCCGAAAGUGUCAACGGCAAAGUCGAUGUCUGGUCUUCGGAAGGCAUGGGUACCGAAAUCCGCGUCUCUUUCGAUGUCGAGGUCGUCGAGGAAGAUGAAGACACCUCAUCAGUGUCGUCGGCUAUGUCGAUGGCCUCUCAUCCCGGGCGUGGCAAGUCGCUGUCAUUCUUCUCCUUUGCCGAAGACUAUCGAGGGCAAAUGUUGUCGUUGGAAGUCCUUGGUGCCUACGCAGCAGCUGCAGGAUUCGAGCUCAAGGAGAAUGGCGAAGGUGAUGUUUAUGUCAUUCAUGAAGAUGAGGAAAUUCUGGAACAAGUCCAAUCUUACGGUCGCCCGAUCAUCUUCAUCACCCCCGGCCGAACUUCGCAAGCAAGCUCCAUCCGAGACAAUAUGCGCAAGAAUGCCGGAUCACUGCAGAUUCUGUACAAGCCUAUUGGACCCGCUGCUUUCCGUAAAGCAUUGUGUAUCGCCGUUGAUCAUUUGGACGAACGUGAUCCCGACUCUGAACGUCGGUCAUCUCAACACGCCGCCGCAUUUGAAGAUCGACCUGGAUUCUCAAGGGGCUCAUCCGGUGCCAGUCAAGAGUCCAACGCUACAAUUAGCGACCUGGCACAGAGACGGUUCGAGAGGUCAGCCAACAGGGCGCCGUUGUUGCGGCGGCGCUCAGCCGAGACCAGCAUGGAUCCUUCGACCAAGAUUGGUCGGCCAGCCCUACAUCCACGCGGUGUGACGUAUCAUCACCCCGCCCAUCCAUCCAGUAGAAGGACAUCACAGACGUCUCCUCCUAAGAAAUCUGAUGAACCUGAUGAUUCGCCGCCAGCUGGAAUCAGCAAUUCUCCUCAACCUGGGUCCCCUGGAUCUGCCAUAUCCACAAUUUCCUUGGCGGAUGGAGGCGUCAUGUUGAAGGCGGCUACGGUACCCAUCAAUGCUCCAAGACGAGAGCGGAUCCCGAGGGUGUUGAUCGUGGAGGACAAUGCCAUCAACCGUCGCGUUCUGGGAGCAUUCCUGAAGAAGAAGGGCAUCGAGUAUGCAGAAGCAAUCGACGGUGGAGCUGGAGUUGAAGUCUUUGAAAACUCCCCCGCCAACUACUGGGAUGUGAUCCUCAUGGACAUUUCGAUGCCAGUUUUGAACGGGCACGAGGCGACUCGAGCGAUUCGGAAAAUCGAAGCAAAUCGACGACCGAGUUCCGGAUCACAAGCGUCAACUCCGGGUUCGGAAGUUCCUCCGGAUGUGUCUUCCAAUUCUGCUCUUGCUUCUGGGUCGACUCAGCACAAGCCCAUUUCUUCUGCUCCGCACUCUACCGGACAGAUCAAAUUGCCACCCGCCAAGAUCCUGCAAAGUCGCGCUAAGAUCUUUGCACUUACUGGACUAGCGACAUCUGACGACAAGCGCGAGGCAUUCAGUAGUGGUGUGGACGGGUACUUGGUCAAGCCUGUAUCUCUGAAGAGUCUAGGUUUGAUCUUCCAGAAGAUCGGUUAUCCAAUCGACAUAUAAGUAAGAGCUGGCAUGGACGGGUAGAAUGCGCAUCUUGACCUUUGUAAUUAUUUCGAAAGACGCAUGCCCAGUGCUCAGAGGAGGACAGGGGAGAAGGACUCGACGCACGAGAAGAAAACGAGGAGGAGGAAGAAGAAGAAGAAGCCAAAAAGUAGAAGAGAAUGAGAACCACCGAGAAACAGAUUCUGUGCAUUGUCUUUGUAUCCUCUUUCUCAUGCAUAAUCUCGCCGAUGAGGUGUGAGAGCCCGUCUACGCUCGCCAGCUGACGUGCACUUGGUCUGUACGAAAGCGUUGUGUGAUCGUGGCUUUUUCUAUUGGGGUAGUCUGCCCCAUUCGGAAAGCAAGAAGGCCAGCUUGAGCGAUCAUGAUUCCAUUAUCGAUGCAAAAGCUGACAGUUUGU